ACUUUUCUUCUCCGAUCCCAAUCAUAUCUCCUCUGCUUCAUCUCUCACAGAGCUCAAAGAUCGUCUUCGUCGAUGAGACAAUCAAAUCAGUCCGUAUCACAAUGAUUCGCAUUUAAGCGAACUACAAACAAUGCUUGGCUUAGAAGAAACUCCUCGAGAAUUCGGAGAUGCAGUUAGUUCCUAGUGAUGAUGAUGACCGGAAGGAAGAACAGAUUCUAAUCGACGAAUCUACAUCCUCGGAAGAAAUCGUAGCAGCGGAAAGAGGAGGUGAUCGUGUUGUAGAGGAAGAUGAGGACGACGAAACUACGCAUCUCGUUGCUGGAGAUCAACCACAAUGUCGAAUCUGCCUUGACGUUGGAGGGGAUGAUCUGAUUGGUCCGUGCAAUUGUAAAGGUACUCAGAAGUACGUCCACAGAUCUUGUCUCGAUAACUGGCGAUCCACCAAGGAAGGUUUUGCGUUUUCGCAUUGUACAGAGUGUAGAGCUGUCUUCAAACUCCGACCCAAUGUGCCUCCUGAUAGAUGGUGGUUGAGAUUGAGGUUUCAGCUUCUCGUUGCUAGAGAUCAUGCUUUCAUCUUCAUCACUGUCCAGAUGGUUGUAGCAUUCUUAGGGUUACUAGUUUACAAGUUCUACGGUGAAGAACUACGUGAGAUGUUUGGUUAUGAGGAACAUCCUUAUGGCUUCUACACAUUAGCUGUUUUGGCCAUUGUCUUGGUAGGACUGCUUUACGGGUUCUUCAUCGCAAUUAUAUGUGGUCAAAGGAUCAAUGAGCGGCAUUACCAUGUUCUUGCCAAACAAGAACUCACAAAGGAGUAUAUAGUUGAAGACCGAGACUGCAAGAAUGUACCCGAGCUUGACCAGAGUCAUGUAAUGGAACUUAGAAUGUUGGGACUUUAUUGAACAAUAAAAUACGAGAAAAGAACUCGCUGAAACUAUACUCUUCAUUUCACUUGUAAAUUAUAUUCUUCAUUGAUUUUAAGGUUGUUUCAACGACUCUUGUCCAGUAAUCUUUUUGAAGUUUAUUUUCUUUAUACUCUUCGUUGGUGGAACUGUGAGGUUUACAGUAACGUAUUGGAUGAUCAUUAUUGAAGAAGCUGAACAGAUGAAAGAAUAU